AUGGAGAGUAAGUCACACGAGGACAUCACCCGGUAUAAAGUACUCGAAUUCAAUGUGAAAUCAAAAUGUAUCCUGCAUGGCUUUGCUGGAUACUUCCAUACUUUAUUGUAUGGUGACAUAGUUCUAAGCACCAUCCCCGACAACCAUACAUCGGGAUUGUUCACUUGGUUCCCGAUUUACUUCCCUAUCCAGAACCCCGUCGAACUGAAAGCGGGAGAUAAAGUGGAAUUACAUUUCUGGAGAUUAGUUAACAAGGAAAAGAUGUGGUAUGAAUGGAGCAUUUGUAAGCCAAAAUUCACUCCUAUCCACAAUCUCAACGGCAUAGGAUACUCUGCAAAAUUGCGAUAGAUACUCAAGUUUUAAGUCAAAUCAAACAUCUGUAUUAUUGAAAUCAUAUAUAAAAAAGUAGAUAUCUGGCCUUUAGCUAGCCCAGUCAACCAAGUGUUAUAGAAGGAAAAGUU